AUGCGUGAGUUUCGGCAGUACAUGGACGAGACUGUCGUGAGAGAGCGAUCAAAAGUGGUCAGCGGGCGAUCCAAAGCUGCUACACUCAUCAGCACGCUCAUGAGGGCAAACGACGAAGUCAAGACUGAAAGUGGAUUGUCACAGUCCAAACUCUCAGAUGUUGAACUCAGAGGUAAUAUCUUCAUCUUCACGGUUGGUGGACUGGAGUCUACGUCUAUCACACUAUCAUAUGCAUUGGCUUUACUGGCUGUGUAUCCUGAGAUCGAAGACUGGGUAGUGGAAGAGCUAGAUGAAGUCCUGAAAGACGAAGCAGCUGAUGAAUUGGAGUAUGCAAGAGUGUUUCCACGACUGAAGAGAGUAAUGGCUGUCAUGUCAUCUACUGUUACGCAUCGCAUGAUCGAAGACUAA